AUGACCUUCACAGGGAUGGUCGAAGAGUCAUGCUCCAGCCGGCGCCUGACUCCUGUCUCCCCGCCCCGCAGGUACGAUUCCCAGGAGCUGAUGCAAAACUCCAGCUUCUGCCUGGUGCCGCGGGGCCGGCGCUUGGGGUCCUUCCGGUUCCUUGAAGCUCUCCAGGCCGCCUGCAUCCCCGUGCUUCUGAGCAACGGCUGGGAGCUGCCCUUCUCCGAGGUCAUCGACUGGAACAAAGCUGCCAUCAUUGGGGACGAGAGACUCCUCCUCCAGAUCCCGUCGAUAACCCGCUCCAUAGACCACGACAGAGUCCUGGCGCUCCGGCAGCAGACCCAGUUCCUGUGGGAGACCUAUUUCUCCUCGGUAGAGAAAAUCGUGCUGACGACCCUCGAGAUCAUCCAGGACCGAAUCCAGGCGCACAUCAGCAGGAACCACGUGAUGUGGAACGCGCAGCCGGGCGGGCUCUACGCGCUCCCCCAGUUCUCCACCAGCCUCGCCGACUUCCCCUUCUACUACUGCGCCCUGGGGCGCAGCCCAGCCAAGGAGUUCACCGCCGUCAUCCAGGCCGCGUCGCCGCUGCUCUCGCAGUCCCAGCCCAUCGUCAGACUCAUCCUCGCGGUGGCCAAGUCCAAGUAUUGUACCCAGAUCGUGGUGCUGUGGAGCUGCGAGAAGCCCCCGCCCCCGAGGAGCCGGUGGCCGUCCGUCCCUGUGCCCUUCAGCGUCGUGGAAGGGGAACACAAGACCAUGAGCAGCCGUUUCUUCCCCUACGACCUCAUCCGGACGGACGCCGUGCUGAGCCUGGAUGAAGACACUGUCCUAUCAACCAAUGAGGUUGACUUUGCCUUCACUGUGUGGUGCAGCUUCCCGGAGCGCAUCGUGGGUUACCCAGCCCGGAGCCAUUACUGGGACCGCAGCAAAGGCUGGUGGGCCUACACCUCUAAAUGGGCCAACGAGUACUCCAUGGUGCUGACGGGGGCGGCGUUCUACCACCGGUACUAUCAUUACCUGUACACCUUCUACCUGCCGGGCAGCCUGCACAGCAUGGUGGACCAGAUGGCCAACUGCGAGGACAUCCUGAUGAACUUCCUGGUUUCCGCAGUCACCAAGCUCCCGCCCAUCAAAGUCACCCAGAAGAAGCAGUACAAGGAGACCAUGAUGCAGCAGGGCUCUAAGACGUCCCGCUGGGCCGACCCGGAGCACUUUGCCCAGCGCCAGGCCUGUAUGAACUCCUUCGCCAGCUGGUUCGGCUUCAUGCCCCUCGUCCAUUCGCAGAUGCGGCUGGACCCUGUCCUCUUCAAAGACCAGGUCUCCAUCCUGCGCAAGAAGUACCGGGACAUCGAGAGGCUGUAGAGCCACCGAAGCCACGGACGGAGAGUGAGAAGGGGGUGAGGACCCCCCCAAAGAAGACUGUGGAGAAGGGACUCCCUCUUGGAAGCCACGGAGGCUUGGCCUGAGGGGCAGGGCCGGGCUGUGGGGCACAAGCAAGGGAGAGGGCCGCUGGGCCUGGCUCUGGGGUUAAACCUCUGGGGACAGUCGGAGGCUCGGGAUGCAGAGCGCAGAGUCCAGGGGCAGUUCUGUAACUGCUCGCUCCGUGGCUCCUGUCGCUGAUUGGUUCUGGUUUGAUCCCGCUUCCAAGCCAAGAAUCGUGUCUCCUCUCUGGGCCCGCGAGCUGCGAGUGCAGACGGAGCCGCAUCGAGACGCCCGCUCAGCCGCUCCCUGAUUUUAUCUUUAGCUGCCUUUUACCUUGGUUGCCAGCAAGGGCUCAAAGCCCUUUUCCUCUGGGUGCUUCGCACACAACGACUUCCCCAUCCGCAGGUCUGGCCCGUCAGAGAGUGGCCAGGGGCCGAGCCUCCCUGCCGGGCGAGCGUGGGAGCCCAGGGAAUCCGAGGGAGAGCCGAGUGCACUGCCCUGUGGUCCCCACGCCGUGCCUGUGGAGGAGGGAGAGAUCUGAGUGGGGCACACGGGGCUGCCACGCACUGAAAGGGGCAGGGAGCAAAGCCCCAGGGGUGUCAGCCCCAGCAGAUCCCCCGCCCCGCGCUCGCAGGGGUGGUAGAGAAGAGUCACAGCGCUCCGUGUCUGCACCAGCUCAGGGCUUGACUGCGGAGCCCCGGCAGGUCGUUCUGUGUCUGGACUAGGCAGAGGGGACAUCUCCCCUCCUGCCCCCUUCCAACAGGUGUCCCCACUACAUCCCGCCAGCCCCUGGGCAUGGGGGAUCCCACGGCAGCCCCCAGCAGAUCUUCAGCGCCCCGCUCAGGCCAGAGCCAGCUCCCCCGUCUGAAUCUCCCCUGGAACGGACGGGAGAAGGGCUGGCGAGGGUGGCUGAGCUGCAGGUGUGCGGGCGGGUGAAUGGGGUCUGCGUGGGAGGGCGAGGUUGCUGAGGGGGCAGGGUGGGAGCAGGCAUGAGGAGGGGGGCAGAGAAGUGAGAGGCCCCCAGCAGGUUCUGAUAAGCUGCAGAGAAGCCGGGAGCUCCCCGGCGCCCAUCGUCCCAGCCGUGGUGAGUCAGCUUCGUUUCCUCCUCCUCCAGGGAGCUGCCCCUCCCUCCGUGGGGGGAUCUGGAUCAGGGGCAGGGAGAGCUGGUUGGGGGCUCUCUGCAGAGCUCAUCGGGGGCAGAGGGAGGUGCAGAGGAGAGGAACUGUCAGACAUUCGCUCAGAGCCUGGAGCGCAGGCUUGCCAUGUCCGUACUCGGACACUAAGGCACAGGUGUGGGUCCAAGGUGGGUGUGUGGGGUCCCACGUGGUCUCUGAGGGCCAGUGCAAACCCUCCCCAUCGCUGGUUUAUCCCUGUAUCGGGGGUGGGCUGCAGAGGCAUCGUUCAGGGAGCGAGUCACUGGCUGGCAGCGAUGGGCCGGCGAUGGGUCCCGAAGCCAGGGAGGAGCCCGUGCUGUUGAGUGCGCCAGGGUCCCGGCGUGAACUCCUCAUCGUCACCCCCAGAGGUCAGUGGUGGCGUUGCUCCAGCCGCCUCCGGCAUGCACAGCGAUGAGAUGACGACGGGCUAAGGAGACCGAGCCGGAGGGCCGGGGAGGCAGGUCCCGGGGUGAGACCUGCUCCCGCCCGGGAGCCGCCUGAUGAAGAGUCAGACAGGACAGGCUAGAGCCCUGGGAGCCAGACGCCAGGUUAGUUACAAUGAAAUAACUGAGGCCUCCAGAGAGCAAUCGGCCGCAGGUGCCUGCAGGAGAGGGGGAGGAAAACCUCUUGCCACUUGCCCCUCCCCUUCUCACCGGCUCUGUCCGGCCCGGCUCCCGUUUGAUCCCUCAGCAGGUCAGGGUGGAAGUAGCAAGGGGCUGGCUCCAGGUGUCCUCGUUCCCACCUGCCCAUGGUGCCGGCUGCCCUGUCUCCCUGCCCCAGUUCAGCCAAAGGUGCGGGCUGGAGGUGGGCUUUGAGAAAGGCGACGGGCUCCCCAACCUGCCCCAACGCUCUGCUCGAAUGUGUCUCGUGCAGCAGCAAAAUCAGAACGUUUUAUGGCGACUCAGAUGUAAAACCCCCUCCUAGGAACACCUGUAAAUGCCCAUUUUGUAUCAGGAUUUGUUGAAUUAAACUGAACCGAGACUUUGUCAAGGGGCCUGUGCUGUGGUUUCUGUUCAGGGCACGGCCACGGUGUGUUUGACUCCAGCCCCGUAUUGCCCUGGUCAGCGAAAACCUCUGGAAGCUGCGUGGGAGUGGCAGACUCGGGCCAGAGCAGUGACGUCAGAGUUUAGUCUGGUUCUUGCCCUGCCCCAAUCGUCAGAGAACCACCCAGCCCCUCCACGAGCGCAGGGAAGAGACACGAGUCUCACAGGCCAGAGCUGAGCCCUUGGGGCCAGCUGCAUGUUUCCUUGGUUCUGGUGAAGGUUAGCUGUGCCGUUGAGCCCCAGAUCCUGCCGUCCGUAGUUAGGCAGAGCUCCCGGGUGAAGGGCUGCAGGAACCAGCCCUGAGCAGGGCCCCAUGGCUCAGCAGCAGGGGCGCUGCGUGAUUUAGGCCUCGUGUAUGCUAGAGAGUUUAAAUGGCAACAGUUCCGCCGACAGAGGGCUACUGUCAAGGCUAUUUCAGCAGAGGGCGUUCACAUGGCAUCAGAUUGUAGCUGCAAAAGACGUGUGGCUCCGUGGGCUGGCAUCCCAGUGUCCCCUGUGCCACCUUCUGACACCUUGUGGGGAAUUUUGGCUGUGUCUUGUGGGAUAUCCGCACUCCUCACAGGGAAUUUGGGACUGUGGGGUCGAAUUCCCAUAAAUCCCGUGGUACUAUUCCAUAAUCUACUCUUAUUCGCUCUGUUUUCAGCCGCACUGCUGAAACCAUGGACGCAGCACUGAGCAGCAAUGCUCUGGUGUCCAUUUUAAGGCCGGGACAAGGCAUUCUCUUGUAUUUGCAAGCCCACUGUGCUCAGAGUCAUGGUACCGAGGAUGAGUGGGCAGCAAAAGACAUUGUCCAGCCGCGACAAGCAUUUGCCGACCAACAGGCGCUGAGCGGUGGCUUUGGGGUGUGAUGCAGAACUAGGCCGACCAGCAGAACCUUUGGACAUGGGAGGCCACAUCCCUGGAGCUAUGUGCCAGGCUCGCCCCGGCCCUGCAGCACCCAGGCACUGAGACAGCAGCUGCCCUGACUGUGAGGAAAUGGGUGCUGAGAGCCAGGUGGGAGCUUGCAGCCCCACAUUGCUAUCGGGCGGCAGGCAAGGAGUUUGCUGCUGGGAAAAGCCACAAGGAGGGUAACUGUCAUCCAGGUGCGCAAGGCCAGUAAACGUGUCCAGCUGCACAGCAGUGUGACUGGACAGUGUGCAGGAAAUCAUAGAUGGAGUCAAUGAAAUGGGCUUCCCUGGCUGGGCAGGGGGUGAUAGAUGGGCUGCACAUUCCGAUCCUGCCUCCUUCCCUACUUGCCUUUGAGGGGGACUCCUCCAUGGUUGAGCAAGCUUUGGUGGAGCACCAGGGAUGAUUUACUGAACAGAGCAUAAGAGCAGCCAUACUGGGUCAGACCAAAGGUCCAUCCAGCCCAGUAUCCUGUCUUCCCACAGUGGCCAAGGCCAGGUGCCCCAGAGGGAAUGAACAGAACAGGGAAUCAUCAAGUGAUCCAUCCCCUGUCGCCCAUUCCCAGCUUCUGGCAAAGAGAGGCAAGGCUACUGACACUUUGGCUGGGGUGGGAAGGUCCAUGGUGCUUUAUCUUUAGGAACACAGCACCUCUCGACAGGUUGAAAGCAGGGUCGAUUCUCCCAGUCUGGCCUAUUGGCAUUAAUGGGUUCCAAAGCCCACUUGGAGUCUCAGGGAUCAGGGCCACCCUUUGCUCCCCUGGCUCAUGAAG